ACAAUCGCAAGCCGUGUGUAUGACAUUGCGCAAGCAGUUUCUCCCAUGAGCUCAUUAGAAACAGUGCCAGCUACAAAACAACGGUGUCAAGCAAAUGCAAGGGAGCGGGAUAGAACUCAGAACAGCGUCAACAUGGCGUUCAACGCGUUGCGACUCCUGAUACCUACGGAACCGCCCGACCGCAAACUGAGCAAGAUCGAGAUAUUACGCCUCGCUGGCAGCUACAUCACACACCUAGACAAUCAACUUUACACUGGAGAAAUGGAACAACCAUGCUUACAAAAGAGUAAUGAAUACAACACCUCGUUGUGCACAUUUUGCUGGUCCUCGACUAAAAAGACAAACCAUCGCUGAAAACCUAAGAACUUAACAUAUAUUAUUAUAAUUAAAUGUAAGACUAUAGAUUUUUUUCUAAGUUUGUUAUAAUAAUUAUAAUAUUAUUCUUUGUAUUACCAAAUAAACACCUCAUAGAUUAAAUUAUAUUUGAUUGUAAAAAUAGCAUUAUGUAAAUAAUAAAAUGAAUAUUUAUUGCUUAUUGUAUUUAUUAGUAACAUAUUAACAACCUGUGAAUGUCCUACUGCUGGGCUAAGGCCUCCUCUCCUUUUUGAGGAGAAGGUUUCGAGCUUAUUCCACUACGCUGCUCCAAAACGAUGAGAUUAAAGGGCAACCGCUAAAAAUUACUGAGAUUCCAAACAAGUUUGAUCUAGUAGAAUAAGACAAGAUUCCUCGCAUAGCUCUAAAUUCAAUUAACCACAAGAGCCUGCAACACCUGGAAGAUAGAAUACUUCUUCAGAAUCCCAUAAAAUUGAACCACAUAGACGCAUCACUAUACCAUUUAACGAUACCCUUAUAUAGGGUUGUAUUAAGUAUAGCUGCACUUGCCCUGACGAUCAUCAUACGACGUCACACACAGCGCAAAAGCAAACAACUACAACACCAGGGGAAGAACCAGGAGAGAAAACUGCCCAUACCUAUGCCGUCCCCGAAGGAUCCAAGGCCCAGGAAAAGUUACUAGCAACAUUCUCAUUGAAAGUACUCAAAUAGUUGCUGCUCUGGGCGUGGAGGUGUUACGUACAGCACCUCAAGGAGGAUCACUGACGCAUC